UACACAAUCGCCUGGAUCUGCGCCCUUCACUUGGAACUGGCUGCAUCGCGGGCCAUGCUCGACGAGGAACACCAGCCCUUACCUAUGUAUGCUAGUGACGAUAAUACGUAUGUGCUAGGACGCAUUGACCACCACAAUGUGGUUAUGGCAUGCUUGCCAGGGGAGUACGGGACGAACAAUGCUGCAAUUGUCUCGACCAACUUGAAGCGAAGCUUCCCAAAUAUCCGCGCUACCCUCAUGGUCGGUAUCGGCGGCGGAUCACCUCGCAUGGCCAACAUGUACCUUGGCGACAUUGUUGUGGGCACGCGAGUGAUGCAGUACGACAUGGGAAAAGUUGUCGCCAGUGGGCGGUUUGAAGAAACGACCGACUCCAGACUCCCUUCACAGCUGCUGCUCUCCGCAGUUUCUAACCUGAGAUCAAAUCAUGGACCCCACGGCCCAAGCUUCAGAGUCAACAACCUACUGCUAGACAGAAUGUCAAACUAUUCUCGUCCUACCCAGCAUGAUCUCCUUUUCCAAGCAACCUAUGAACAUCCUACUGGUGCACCUACCUGCAGCGAGUGCGACAAAGAGAAGCUGCUGCAACGAAGUGUUCGCUCGUUUGAAGAACCCAGGAUACAUUACGGAGUUAUUGCCUCGGGCAAUAUGGUCAUGAAGAAUGCCACUAUUCGGGACGACAUUGCAACCCGACUCUCGGCGCUAUGUUUCGAGAUGGAGGCCGCUGGUAUGAUGGACAAUCUGCACUGCCUCCCCAUCCGGGGCAUUUGCGACUAUUCAGAUUCCCACAAGAAUAAGGAGUGGCAGCCUUAUGCUGCUGCAACUGCUGCUGCAUACGCUCGGGAGCUUCUGGAAGUGCUUCCUCCUACAUGUCACUGGUUUCUUGAACACCAGGCGUACAAGAAUUGGCUCAACCCCGCGAUGCAAUCAGACAAUUCCGGCUUUUUAUGGAUGCGAGGAAAGGCCGGUGCCGGAAAGUCGACCAUGAUGAAGUUUGUCUAUUUACAGGCCAAACGCUCCAACGAACCCCUUACGACUAUUGCAUCCUUCUUUUUCAAUGCCCAAGGCGAAUACUUGGACAAGUCCAUCUCAGGCAUGUACCGAUCUUUGUUGGGGCAACUUCUCUAUGCCUUCCGUGAUCUUCAAAGAGUUCUGGAUGAUACCGACAUUAUUCCUCUUGGUCAGACGAGCUGUCCUCACUUGAAUGCACUAAAGGAGCUUCUGAGGAACGCCAUCCUGGAACUUGGUGAGCGCUCCUUUACUUGCUUCAUUGAUGCCCUCGACGAGUGCGAUGAGCAGGAAGUGCGUGACAUGGUUCAGUUCUUUGAGGAGUUGGUGGAGAAUACCGUGGAGAAGGGAAUUCAAUUCAGGGUCUGUUUUUCGAGCCGGCCAUACCCUUAUAUCGAAAUCCGUCAAGGUAUCUUGGUUACACUUGAGGACGAAUCGGGUCACAGACAAGACCUGUCGCGGUAUGUCAAGAAUCGUCUGAAGAUCCAAAGUCCAACGAUCUUGGAAGAAGUUAAGACCCAGAUUCUACGAAAAGCUUCUGGGAUCUUUAUGUGGGUUGUUUUGGUUGUGGAGAUCUUGAACAAAGAGAGCUGCGAUGGCGCCCUCGCUAUUCAGAAAAAGCUUGUUCAGAUUCCAUCCAAGCUGAGCGACCUCUUCAAGAGUAUCCUGACCCGCGAUCGAGACAACCCAGAACGGUUACUCUUCUGCGUUCUCUUAAUUCUCUGCGCGGAACGGCCUUUGACUCCGAUGGAGUUUCGCCAUGCCUUGUGGGCGGGCUUGUUAGAGCAGGAUCUUGUCGACCCCAAUCUACCGGACGCAGAUAUGGAUUCUAGUGUCAAACUGGUCACGAGUUCCUCCAAAGGGCUUGCGGAAAUCACGAAAUCUGCCCAUCCAAGCGUGCAGUUCAUUCACGAAUCAGUACGAGACUUCCUAUUGAAAGAAAGAGGCCUGCAAGAGCUAUGGCCUAACCUCGGAUUUGAGUGGGAGUAUCCCAGUCAUGACUGGCUUCGAAGGUGUUGCAUGGAAUACCUCAAUCAAACAACAGUUCAAGUCACUGCUGGUCCGACCACGCAGAGACGAUUUGACCCAAGAAUGCCAAUAGAUGCAUGUCCUUUCUUAGGUUAUGCAAUUAGCCAUAUUCUCAAACAUGCCGAUGCCGCUGCAGCUGCGGUUCCCCAAGACAGCUUUUUAGCGCAAUUCUUCAGCUCGGAUUGGUUCAACAUUUUCAAUCAAUUUGGGGACCACUAUGGCCCAAAUGCAAGUCCCCUUUAUAUUCUUGCGGACAAAGGGUAUGGCAAACUCAUACGCACACGUUUGCGAAGGGAGUCGUCCAAGUAUGUUCCUGGGCAAGAUUACGACUGUCCCUUUUUUGCCGCAUUGGCCAAAGGCCAUGAAGGCGCCAUAGCCGCUCUCGCAAACCUGCCCUCGCCUGUCUAUGAUUGCGUAAACAGUGGCAACGACCAGGAUUUCUAUCCCGAUUCAUGGAAGCCUUGGAGGUUCAGGGAUCGAACCCUAUUGUCAUGGGCAGCCCAGGAGGAUAGACCCGGGAUUGUGAGAGCCUUGAUCCAAGGUGGGACAUCGAUGGAAGAGGAGGAUAGGGGGCAGUAUCGGCCGCUUAUGAGGGCCCUUGAACAAGGCCAUUCAGCUGUCGCCAAGAUUCUAAUUUACGAGGGAGCAGAUGUAAAUGCCAGGCACAGCAGGUACGGAUGGUCAGCGCUCAUCUGGGCUUCGCGUCGAGGGGACGAACCAAUAGCUCGGCUUCUUCUUGACGAAGGGGCAGAUGUCAACGCCAAAGAUAUGCAUGGGUGGACAGCAUUGAUAUGGGCAUCAAGCGGUGGUAAUAGAACUAUAGCCCAGCUUCUUAUCGCGAAAGGCGCGGAUGUUCGCGUGACGAGUAACUUUGGGUGGACGGCGCUCCAGUAUGCUAUGCAGCAAGGGCACCGGGAGCUCGUUCUUUUGUUGGAAAGGGGG